CUCUAUUUCAAAUUUAUUUACCCAUUCUGUCUACCAACGUUAAAUAAAUAUAUCUGUCAGCCACUUCCAUGCCAGAUGGCUGAGAUACCAUCGCGUCCACUGGCUUCAGUAGCCCACAUCCGUCAAGCGGACGAGGACUGGACCGGCCGCAGUAGUGCCGCGCAACGACGGAAGCUACAGAAUCGGCUGAAUCAACGGGCGCGACGAGAGCGCAAGGCUAUUGAGGAUCUCCAGAAAGGCAUCGUGCGGCGACCACGAGGUCGGCCUAGGAAAAGCGACAGUGAAGCCGGCUCCAUCACGGCCUCAUCAAAAGACGAUAAUGAGAACAGCAGCCACAGUGUAGGUACUAUUAGUAGCGAUGGCGCAAGCCCCGACGCAGACGUGGUUGAAGCCACUAUCGUAUCGUCGGGUGCUGCUGCCGUUUCACAGCAAAGGGGCCGCAAUGAACAACGGAUGGCCAGGCCGCAGGAGGGAACGUUCUAUAUCUGCGAAAUAGAUGCGCCCUCAACCCUGCAGCUUAUCGAUUGGCUCGAAGCCAAGGUCCAGAAAUGCCUGCAACAUGAUCCGGCAGCGGACAUGUUGCUCACUCUGACUCAAUUCAACGUUUUCCGCGCCAUACUGCAGAACAUGACUGUCCUGGGUCUGGACAUGAAGGAUAUGAAAGACGAUACCAUCUCCCCUUUCAAUGCGGCGAACUAUACCGAUUCAACGCUUCAGUUGCCGCCAAUAUUGUUUCCGACGAUGCUUCAAAAAACUAUCCCACAUCACCCCUGGAUCGACCCCUUCCCGUAUCCGUCUUUUAGAGAUGCCCUCCUCCUAGCGGAUGGGACUUACGAUGACGUUGAGUUCUGCAACGACCUCAUCGGUCAAUGUGGAGAUGGCAGCACAGGACAAGUGGGUAUCAUGAUCUGGGGAGAUCCCUGGGAUCCGUACGCCUGGGAGAUGACGGAGCAUUUCGCGCAGAAGUGGUUCUGGAUAUUCAGCGGGUGUAGGGAGCUGCUGGUUUCGACUAAUUAUUGGCGGGCUCAACGGGGUGAGCGCAGGCUAUUCAAUGUCUAGUCCGUCAGUCAAACUGGUCCUCUGCAGCUGGUCUUCUGGAUAGAGCCAGAUAUUUUGAAUCUAUCUCGUUUUGGAGUUCAGGCAAACGUGAUACCCGGAUGGAUGCGGUCCCUGUAUGUACUUACUGUACAUUGUUAUUAAUCAUUGACAUGCUGCGAUCUGGAUGGCGAGGCAUACAUGUUAAAUAUCAUAUAUAGAUCAAAUAUACACUCAAGUGAUCACAGC